AUGGACCACCACAUGCACCAUGCAAACCAUGGCAGCCAUAUAGAUGUAGGAAUGGAACAGCAUAUGGGACAUGAAGAGCAUGUUAUGAAUAGUUCAGAUUUUAAUGAAGGUAUAAAUGAAAUGUUUAACAUAUCGAGUGUAGACAUGAUGCCUGGUGACCCACAAGCUAAGGCUCAUGAAGGUCAUCACCAUAACCACCAUGUUGGACAUGAAAUGAGUAUGAGUAUGACAUUUCACGGAGGUUACAAAGAAGUUAUUCUUUUCUCAUGGUGGAAGGUAUCAGAACUUGGAGAAUUUUUUGGAUCCUUUCUAGCAAUCUUUCUCAUUGCUCUAUGUUAUGAAGGGCUCAAGUACUACAGAAAACAUUUACUAUGGAAAACUUAUACAGGCCUUCAAUAUUGUGCUGUUGCUCCACCAGACAAGGGAGUAGCUAAUAUUUGCAAUCCAGAUGAGCCUCAAGUUAUACAGCCGGUUCCACAUGCACUAGACAGGAAUGUUCCAACAAUGAUGAGUACAGCACAUGCUUGGCAAACAGUACUUCAUGGUUUUCAAGUACUUGUAAGCUAUAUGUUAAUGUUGGUGUUCAUGACAUAUAAUACAUGGCUUUGUGCAGCAGUUGUGCUAGGAUCUGCAACUGGAUACUUUUUAUUUGGUUGGCGCGAGUCUGUUGUUGUGGACUUCACAGAACAUUGUCACUGA